AUGGAUCGUCGCUCAGACUCGGAAGACGGUGUGCGGGCUAAGCGCCAAAAGAAGGAGACCGACCCCAAGGACAAUCCUUACUUGGCCCACAUGUACGAGGACACUAAUGGCGCCGACAAGAACUCGCCUUUGGCGAAGUUCAAGCGCCACCAAACGACCGCUGCUUUGGCGAAGAAAGCAGAGGAUGGCGACGUCAACCCAUUCAACGGUCAACCCUUCUCCAGCAAAUACUUUUCGAUCUUGAAGGGUCGGCGCGAUCUGCCCGUGCAUCAGCAACGUGAUGAGUUCCUGCAACUUUACCAGCAAUCCCAAAUUCUCGUCUUUGUUGGUGAGACUGGUUCCGGAAAGACCACCCAGAUCCCGCAAUUCGUUCUAUUCGAUGACCUCCCCCAGACUCAGCGCAAGAUGGUUGCUUGUACACAGCCCCGUCGAGUGGCCGCCAUGUCCGUUGCCCAGCGUGUCGCAGCCGAAAUGGACGUCAAGCUGGGUGAGGAGGUCGGAUACUCUAUUCGUUUUGAGGAUAUGACUAGCCCAAAGACCAUCAUGAAGUACAUGACUGAUGGUAUGCUUUUGCGCGAGGCUAUGAACGAUCACAAUUUGUCGCGGUACAGCACAAUCAUUCUUGACGAGGCUCACGAGAGAACUAUGGCGACCGAUAUUCUGAUGGGUCUGCUGAAAGAGGUGGUUUUACGCCGGCCAGACUUGAAGAUUAUUAUCAUGUCUGCCACUCUGGAUGCACAGAAAUUCCAGCGUUAUUUCAUGGAUGCGCCUCUUCUGGCCGUUCCGGGACGAACUCACCCCGUCGAAGUAUUUUACACCCCCGAGCCGGAGCAAGAUUACGUCGAGGCUGCAAUUCGGACUGUUUUGCAGAUCCAUGCGACCGAACCCGAGGGAGAUAUUCUCGUUUUCUUGACUGGUGAGGAGGAGAUCGAAGAUGCUGCUCGCAAAAUCGCCCUUGAGGCCGAUGAGAUGGUUCGGGAGGCCGACGCCGGUCCGCUUAAGACAUACCCGCUUUACGGUAGUUUACCUCCCCAUAUGCAGCAGCGUAUUUUCGAGCCUGCUCCGGCUCCUCGACGCCCUGGAGGUCGCCCUGGCCGGAAGGUCAUCAUCUCGACCAACAUUGCGGAAACAUCUUUGACCAUCGAUGGUAUUGUAUACGUGGUCGACCCUGGGUUCUCCAAGCAGAAGAUCUACAACCCCCGUAUUCGUGUCGAGUCUCUCUUGGUUUCCCCAAUUUCCAAGGCAUCCGCGCAGCAGAGAGCUGGUCGUGCCGGUCGUACACGCCCCGGAAAAUGUUUCCGUCUCUACACCGAGGACGCUUUCAAGAAGGAAUUGAUUGAGUCGACCUACCCUGAGAUUCUUCGAUCAAACUUGUCGUCCACUGUUUUGGAGUUGAAGAAGCUUGGAAUUGACGAUCUUGUCCACUUCGAUCUGAUGGACCCACCUGCCCCGGAGACCCUGAUGAGAGCGCUUGAAGAGCUUAACUACCUGGCCUGUCUGGAUGAUGAUGGAGAUCUGACCCAGCUUGGCCGUCUAGCCUCCGAGUUCCCCCUCGAUCCCGCGCUUGCGGUCAUGUUGAUCAGCUCUCCCGAGUUCUACUGCUCCAACGAGAUGUUGUCCAUCGUAUCCCUGCUGUCUGUUCCGCAGGUGUUCGUUCGUCCUGCUUCUCAGCGAAAGCGUGCCGAUGAAAUGAAGGACCUCUUUGCUCAUCCCGAUGGUGAUCAUCUGACUAUGCUGAACGUUUACCACGCAUUCAAGGGUGCUGAUGCGCAAGCGAAUAUUAAGCAAUGGUGCCAUGAUCAUUUCCUCUCCCUGCGGUCACUCCAAUCCGCCGACAAUGUCCGCAAGCAACUUCUCCGCAUCAUGGAGCGCGAAGAGCUUGAGAUGGUAUCAACUCCCUUCGAUGACAAGAAGUACUACGAGAAUAUCCGCCGAGCUCUCUGCGCUGGAUUCUUCAUGCAGGUUGCCAAGAAGGAGCCCCAGGGCAAGACUGUCUACUCAACCAUCAAGGACAACCAGAAUGUCCUCCUGCACCCAUCUACUGUUUUGGCUCACGAUGCGGAAUGGGUUUUGUACCACGAAUUUGUUUUGACGACCAAGAACUACAUCCGUACCGUCACUGCCGUCAAGCCUGAGUGGCUCUUAGACAUUGCACCCACAUACUAUGAUAUCAAUACCUUCCCCAAGGGUGAAAUUCGCACUGCACUUCUCCGUGCUGCUGAUCGACUCUCUCGCAAGGAGAAGAUGCGUGCCGAAAAGCGCCGUUAA